AUGGCCUGCAGAGUCCGGUGGUGGCUGGCUGGCUACUCGGAGGAACUGAGGAAGGAGGAACUGAAGGAGUUCCAGCUUCAGCUGCCCUGGGAUGUGCUCAGUGGAGGCUCUCCCAGUGUAUUCCCUGCUUGACCAGAGAAGGUGGGGGGCAUGGAGGUGGCCUCAUGACUGGUGGCUCAGCGUGGGGAGCAGCGGCCCUGGGACCUGGCUCUCCACACCUAGGAGAAGAUGAACCAGAGCAAGCUGUGCUCCCGGGCCUGCGCAGAGGCGGCCUUGAUGUCAGACCCUUCUGCAUUCCUCAACUCCCCGAAUGCUCCCAACAUGAAGUUCCCCAGCUGGCCCACCUCCACCAAGGUGCUGAGGUUGCCCUGGUUCCUUGAAAACCCUCCCUCAAUCCUCUUCUUCCCAAGCUCCCCAGCCCACAACUCUCCAGAUCAAGAGCUGCCUAAUGCCCCUAGAUCCACAGCAGUGCUGGGAGCCUGGGAGCCCCCACCUUAGCCCAGCACAGAACGCAGAGAGCAGAAACAGAGAAAGCUACCAGAACCAGAGAGAAGAGAGAACUUGUCCCACAUGAGGCCAGAAUUCUCAGUCCUAAAAAACUAGGAUUUGCACUGAAAAUUCACACAGCUGCUGCUUCUACACAGACCUCACCCGAGAGGCCAUGAGCCCCUGGUGAGAGAAAGCUGGCAUCAUGGAGUGGUGGUGGAGCAAGGGAAUUUGAUUGAAGUCCAAGACUUAUCUGGCCCAGGCCUGAGCACCCAGGAAGAACUCACAGUCAUACUACAGGGGGCUGAAAGACUGGGGAAGUCAACACUGGCCAGGCAGGUGAAGGGAGCCUGGAAGCAAUGCCAGCUGUACAUGGUCCACUUCCGGCAUGUAUUCUACCUUGUCUGCAGAGAGUUGGCCCAGUCCACAGUGGGAAGUCUCACUGAGCUCAUUACCAAGACUGCUGCCCCUCUGGCUCCCAUUGAACAGAUCCUAUCUCAGCCAGAGCAGCUGCUCUUCAUCCUGGGUGGUUUGGAUGAGCCAAAAUGGGUCUUUGAGGAGUGGACAUCUGAGCUGUGUCUGCACUGGAGCCAGCAGCAGUCAGUGCAUGCUCUGCUGGGCAGUUUCCUGGGGAAAACCAUACUGCCCGAGGCAUCCUUGCUGAUCAUGGCUCAGACCACAGCUCUCGGUGAACUCAUUCCUUCUUUGGAACAGCCACGUUGGGUGGAGGUGCUAGGGUUCACCAAGGCCAGCAGGAAGGGCUAUUUCUACAAAUAUUUCCCAGUUGAAAAGCCAAGCAGCCAGAGCCUUCAGCUUGGUUGAAUCAGACUGCACCCUCUUGACCUGUGUCUCAUGCCGUGGGUGUCCUGGCAUCUGACCUUCCUGAAGCUGCAGAUGGAGCAGGGGAAGAACUUGCACUGACCUCCCAGACCACUACAGCCAUUCUGCCUGCACUACCUGUCCCACACUCUCCCAGCUCGGCCCCUGGGGACCCAGCUGAGGGCCUUGUGCUCUCUGGCUGCCAAGGGCACCUGUUGAGGAAAGACCCUGUUUAGUUCAGAAGGCCUCAGGAAACAUAGGUUAGAUGGGGCUGUCAUCUCCACUUUCUAAAAGACAGGUGUUCUUCAAAAACACCCCACCUUUCUGAGCUACAGCUGCCGUCACUUGUGUUUUCAGGAGUUCUUGGAAGCAAUUUUCUGUGCACUGGGGGAGGUGGAGGGAAGUGAUAAUUUGGAUAGCAUCAGAGGUAUGCAAAAGUUGCUAGAAGUGUAUGGAAGGCCUGACCUGUUUGGGGAGCCAACCACAUGUUUCCUUGGGCUUUUAAGUGAGCGUGGGGCCAGAGAGACAGAGAACAUCUUCGGCUGCCAGCUGUCUCGGGAGGCCCAGUGGGAACUGCUGCAGUGGGUGGAAGCAGAAUCCAGCACAGAGAUCCUCCUGCAGCUGUCCUCUCUGGAGUUGCUCCGCUGCUUGUACGAUUCACAUGAGACAUUUCUGACAUGAGCCGUAGCCCACUUCCAAGGAUGUGUGUGGGUCCUGGUCACAGAUGCCUGCUGGCAGGAUCUCUUCUCCAUUCUCAGGGUCACCAGCCUGCAGGAGCUGGACCUAAGCGGGAACUCUCUGAGCUGCUCAGUGGUGCAGAGCCUUUGUGAGGCCCUGAGACACCCCAGCUGCCACCUAGGGACCCUGCAGUGGGCUGGUCAGCUGCAGCCUCACGUCCAGGACCUGGCUUCUGUGCUCAGAGCCAGCCCCAGCCUGACAGAGCUCCACCUGAGACAGAACGACCUGGGCAGCCUAGGUGUGAGGCUGCAGUGCAAGGGGCUGCAGCAUCCCAGCUGCCAAUUCAAGCUCCUGUGGCUGGACUGGACCCAUCUGAGUGACGAGGUGAUCAGGAAGCUGAGGGCCCCAGAGAAGGAGAAGCCUCAGUUACUUGUCUCCAGCAGAUGGAAGCAAAGUAUGACGAUCUCUAAUGAAGUCCCAGAUGGGGGAGAGAUGAGUAAUAACACGUCCUCGCUCAAGCCUCAGAGAUCAGAAACAGGUAUCAGAAGGAAGCUCCCACAAGCUCAAGUAGAAUCCUUCUGCCUAUCUUCUCCUGCCUCUUUGGGGGACCUGCACAUGGAGCCUCUGGGGACUGAUGAUGACUCCUGGGGACCCACAGGGCCUGUGGCUACCAAGGUGGUUGACUAAGAAAGGAGCCUGCGCUGAGUUCACUUCCCUAUGGCUGGCUCCAACUGGCCCAACACAGUGAGAGGGGCACUGACCACUGAGAUUGAGUUCUGUGCCUGGGACCAAUUCCUGGAUAGGACUGUCCCACAGCACAGCUGGAUGGUUGCAGGGCCUCUGUUUAACAUCAAGGCUGAGCCAGGAGCUGUGGCAGCUGUGUACCUCCCUCACUUUGUGGCCCUGCAAGAGGGCCAUGUGGACAUCUCCAUGUUCCCAGUGGCCCACGCUAAAGAGGAGGGGAUGCUCCUGGAGAAGCCAGCCAGAGUAAAGCUGUCUUCCACAGUCCUGGAAGACCCUAGCUUCUCCCCCAUGAGAGUUCUACUGAGAAUAAUCCAUGCUGCCCUGAGCUUCAUCCCCAUCUUCUCCACUGUGUUGUUCUACCAACACUUCCACAAUGAGGAAGUCACCUUCCACCUCUACCUGAUCCCCAGUGACUACUCCAUUCGGAAGAUGAUAGAGAAGUUCCAGUUUGUGCGAUUACACAAGCCACCCCCACUGACCCCACUCUACAUGGGCUCCCACUACAUUGUGUCCAACUUGGAGAACCUAGAAACGAUCCUUGAGGAACUGGAGCUUCGCUAUUGUAGCCCUGGAGAAUCCCAGCUCUUCUCUGAGUUCUAUGUUGGUCACUUGGGGUCACGGAUCAGGCUGGAAAUGAGAGACAAGAUGGGGUUGUGCCACCGUGUUGUCUCCACACUGCCCUUUGAAUUAACAGAUUUUGACAUCUGCAAGGUCUUUGAUGUUCCAGACCACCUGCAUUUUGUGGACCAGUAUGGGGAGCAGCUGGUGGCCUGGGUGACAUUGGUGGACCACGUCCUGGAGAAGCCUGGACACAUGCUGAGCAAGGAGCAGUAUGAGAGGGUGGAGGCUGAGGCCACCAAGCCGGGCCAGAUGCGGAAGCUGUUCAUCUUCAGCCAGUCCUGGGACUGGGCCUGCAAAGAUCACCUCUACCAAGCCUUGAAGGAGAUCCAUCCUUACCUAAUCGUAGAACCGCAGGAGAAGCAGAGUGGUGGAGGGGACCAAGGGGCCUCCUGA